UGGUCCGUCACUUGUCACUUUAUUAUUUUCAAAGAUCAAGAAUAGAAAUAACUGGAAUUAAAUGAUUUUUAGACAUUUAUGGGCAAGUUACAUUUUUAUUCUUAGUAGUGCAUAUUUGAUAUUUUUUAAACAUUUAAAAAUAGUCCCAAGUAUUUUAUAAAAAUGACUAUUGCGGCUACAAGAAAUAUUGACGAAAGGACAGGUAUUGAAUAUAUCAAAAAGCAUACUAAAUCUAUGCUUAAAGGCACUUUAUUUACCGGUGUCUUUCAAGAAAAACGCCUGGUUGACGAAUUAUAUGACUAUCGAGAUGUAGUGACAGUUUGUCCAGAAGAAGAUGCUUUUAUUCAAAACUUGAGAGCCAUAAAAAAUAAAAUAGAUGAAAAUGUCCUUUUCCAACAUUGGCUGGGAAUCACAGAGCCUAAUACAGUAGGAGCACCUGUUGGAUAUAAUUUAUGGGUAGUUUUACCAAAGGAAGUAUUUGGGAAAUAUUGGUAUAAAGUAAAAACCGUAGAGUUUCUUGAUAAAGAAAUUCGUCUCAAGUUAGACAUAGUUAGACCGUAUCAGAGAGAAUCUACUCCUUUGAGAAAUACAAGCGACUAUGAAAGUGAAAAUUUAUCAUCAAUUCUCGAGGAGAAAAAACUACAGAUUAAACAAAAUCUGGAAUAUUUCUUAAGAGAAUUGCUAACUCUAGUAGCUUACAGUAAAUUGCACGUUUUUCAAGCUUUGUUCGAUAAUGCAACUCAUUUUCUUAUUGGUGGAUUAUCUUGGUUGAUCGUUUGCUUAUAUUCGAAAGAAGUUAGCACAUCAGGAAAAAUUUUAGAAGUUGUUUGUUGUAGUUUACUCUCUUCUUUUAUUGAUUUAGAUCAUUUUAUCGAAGCACGAUCUUUAAAUUUGAAGGAUGCUACAAAUCUUAAACGUAGACCAUUCCUUCACUGUUCCACCGUUCCUGUCCUGCUAUGCCUUCUAAUACUGCUUGUAGGCAACUUUUUGGAGAGUUAUACUGCAAAAAGAUGUAGUUUAAUUGUAUUGACUGCAUUUGCAAGCCAUCAUACUAGAGAUGCUACAAGAAGAGGCUAUUGGUUAUACCCCUUUGGUAAUACUGCACCAAUACCGUAUGCUAUGUAUAUAGGAUUAAGUUGUGUUUUGCCACAUUUAGUUGUAAUUGCAAAUAGUUAUUUUAAGAUUUCAGUUAGGGAUUAUAAUGCAUUAGAAACAACUGUGAUAUAAGAAAUAAAAAAAAUAGGUAAGUAUAUAGAAAGAAUUAUGAUCUGAUAUUUUUGUGUAAUCUACCAAGCCACCAAAGAAAAAACAUUUCUUUUUCUACUAAUUGUGUUCCUUUAACAUGCAAUGAAGAAAUCCUUUUAAAAAAUACACUUUUUCAGACAAUUAUAAGAAAUUAUGUACACUCAUAAUUGUUUUCUCAAUUUGGGGAACAGAUUAUAUUUGGUGGGUGACAGAUUCAAACUAUAGGAUGGAAACUAUGUUCUUCGAUAACUUGUUGAACUUUGUGAGCCUUUAUAGUUUUUGAGAUGUUUCUCCUGGAUUUUUAAUGGUCUUUAUAGUGCUCUUCUUCAACAGAAACCAUUUACAAUUCCUGAAAACCAUUGCCAUUAAUUUUUCAAUUUCUAUUUUUUUUGUAUGCAACAACUUCAUUGAUUACUUUUUUUGUUAUGAAUAUCCCAUUCUUAUAAGCGGUGAAUUAUUACAAUUCAUUGUUUUUAUGGCUAGGUAGGUUACAUAAAAAUAUGAGGC